AUGGCAGCCAAACGGCCAUCACUGUUGGGUAUUGAGGCAACGGCCAUGCGCUACGACGUGGGAGCGCCGGACAUCCGGGUUUACGAGUGGGCUCCGAGCCGGGGUCCGGGGUCCACUUCAGUAUCGGCGGUGUGGGUCUAUGACUAUCCGGGUUCUCAGCGGGGAUAUCUCUUCAUUCGGGGCCUACCGACGGUCCGACAUCUCAGGGCUACAUACCUCAGUCCACCCAUCAACAACGGCUCUGAUCUCUAUUCUAAGGCAACCUAUGAGCGUCAAGCUCGAUGCACAUGCCCUUUGUGUAAAAUGGAUUGCGAGGGGCUCAGGGGUAUUCUCAUCUCCAAGACCUUUUCAGACAACUCGAUCCAUAGCCGCUUUUGGGUGUCCUUGCCUUCGGGGCUAGGAACCCAGUAUGAGGCCAACCAAACGGCCUAUGAUGAUGCGGCGCUAGUCUUCUUAUGGAAUAGCGCUGUAGACUCAUGCACGAAGGACGAACGACUAGGGCAGGGCCCAAAACCUCUCAAUACAUCACCACCAUUGCUCCUCAUAGUACUCGUCGCCCUGCUGCUUCACCUCGACAAGUCCCCUCCACCGAAUCGGCCUGAUGUCAACCUGGUCUUUGUGCCCUGCCUACCCGAGGCGGCCAAAUGCCCAGAUGACAACUGGACUGUAGUUACGGAAAAGGCCGGAAACCCCGACUUGGAGCAUGGCAUCAUCGUUUGGACAGAUCCCUGGGACCCCAUCGGUUGGGAAGUCACUGAAGGUUGCUGGCGGAACUUCAGCUUCCUCUUUGACGGUUGUUACGACAUGUUGCAUUCCACUAACCGGUGGAGAGCCUUGCGCGGCGAGGAUUCGUUGGCGUGGGAGUGGGAGGUCAAGUGACAGUCUUCUCUUUCCGCCAGCCGUACAUACGUCGAGGUUGAAGUGCCGCGAUUCGAUCCGUUGGAACAUUAGCCUCCUGUUCAUCCCCCC